AUAGCGUCUGGGAGAAAUUAGACGCAGAAAAGGACAGUUCACUACUUAAACCUGUACGCUUGGAUAAACUUGAAUGAAUGACAUCUUAAGUCACCAACAUUGACUACUGUUGGAUAACUUUGUAUCUGUCUUUUAUGACCUGACAUCAUCAGAAGUAACUACCAAGAUGCUCCAACAAACCUCAUCACAUCAGACUGAUGCUAAACAUACAUAAUCAAUGUAUUGGAGGAGGCGAGAAACUUGAAUGUGCUCAGUCGUUAUAUUGGAAACGUGGAUAUUGCACAUAUUUGAAAUGCAGAUGCUCCAUUCGGGUCUGCUCUGAUUUCCCGACAAAAACUUUGAUGGAAAGGUUUUUAGAGUCUCAGUGGUGCUUACAGAGCCUCGUCGGACAACCCAGUUAACUAACGGGACUCCACAUAACUCCUCCAAGAUGAGAUGUGAUAAAGUUUUUUCCUACCUACGGAUUGUUGGGACGACACUGUUUGGUAUUUCGCUGCUUGUGGGAAUCUCUACGGCCUACAUUAUGGGGUAUAAGCUCAUAACAACUCCAGGCAAUUAUUUGUCCUUUGGUCUUUAUGGGGCAAUCUUAGUCGUACACCUCAUCAUACAGAGUCUGUUCGCUCUGCUGGAACACAGGAACAUGAGGCGUUCACUGGAAACGCCCAUCAAACUCAACAAAUCACUGGCCCUUUGCAUCGCUGCCUAUCAGGAAGACCCUAACUACCUUAAAAAAUGCCUGAUAUCCAUCAAGAGGCUCACCUACCCCGGCAUAAAAGUCAUUAUGGUCAUCGACGGAAACAAUGAAGAUGAUAACUACAUGAUGGACAUCUUCCGAGACACCAUGGGCCGGGACAAGGCAGCCACAUACGUGUGGAAGAGCAACUUCCACCAGAGAGGACCAGACGAAACGGACGAGUCGUAUGCCGAGAGCAUACACCAAGUUUCUCGCCUGGUUCUCAACAACAAGUGUGUGUGCAUCAUGCAGAAGUGGGGCGGGAAGAGGGAGGUCAUGUACACCGCCUUCAAAGCCCUGGGAAGAAGUGUCGACUAUGUGCAGGUAUGUGAUUCAGACACAAUGUUGGAUCCGGCCUGCUCAGUGGAGAUGGUGAAGGUUCUGGAGGAAGAUCCAAUGGUCGGAGGAGUAGGUGGAGAUGUGCAGAUUCUGAACAAAUACGAGUCCUGGGUCUCCUUCCUCAGCAGUGUGAGGUAUUGGAUGGCGUUCAACAUCGAAAGGGCCUGUCAGUCGUAUUUCGGAUGCGUUCAGUGUAUCAGUGGGCCCUUGGGGAUGUACAGGAAUUCCCUGCUUCACGAGUUCCUGGAGGACUGGUACAAUCAGACGUUCAUGGGAAGCCACUGUAGUUUUGGCGACGACCGUCACCUGACCAACCGAGUGCUGAGCCUGGGAUAUGCCACAAAAUACACUGCUCGCUCCAAGUGCUUGACCGAGACGCCCAUCACAUACCUGCGCUGGCUGAAUCAGCAGACCCGCUGGAGUAAAUCGUAUUUUAGAGAAUGGCUUUACAACUCCAUGUGGUUUCACAAGCAUCACCUGUGGAUGACCUACGAGGCGGUCAUCACCGGCUUCUUCCCCUUUUUUCUCAUCGCCACUGCGAUCCAGCUCUUUUACCAGGGCCGGAUCUGGAAUGUUCUUCUGUUCCUGCUCAUUGUCCAGGUGGUGGCGCUCAUCAAGUCCUCCUUUGCUAGUUGCCUCCGUGGAAACAUUGUUAUGGUAUUCAUGUCCUUCUACUCAGUAUUAUACAUGUCAAGUCUUCUACCAGCUAAGAUGUUUGCAAUAGCCACUAUAAACAAAUCCGGUUGGGGGACAUCUGGAAGGAAGACCGUCGUAGUGAAUUUUAUCGGACUCGUUCCGAUCUCGAUCUGGUUCACCAUCCUGUUUGUCGGCAUUAUCUAUACGAUAAUUCAAGAGACGCGAAAGCCUUUUCCGGAGUCUGAAAAGAUCAUUUUAAUAAUCGGAGCAAUCGCGUAUGCAAGCUAUUGGGUCGUGUUCUUGACGUUGUACGUGGUCCUCAUAACAAAGUGUGGCAAACGGAAGAAAGCCCAACAGUAUGACAUGGUUCUCGAUGUAUAGUAUUGUCCCUAUGCCCCUCCCCUUUUCUGCGUUUACAUUACAAAGAAUCUCGGACUGCUUCCUGAAGGCGGGCACUUCACAGGUGACAGGAAGUGACACCGUAAGGAGACUCUAUUGCUGCUGUGACUAGUACGUGGGAUAUUCCUUUGAAGUGAAAAAUGGAAAACGUUUUAAUAAGAUUCAAACUGUUUAUGUGAGCUUUUACACUCUCAAUGUUUUAGUAUUCCACCACCAAAUGACAACUUCUUUGCACUUUCACGUUCACUCUCAUUAUGCAUAAUGCUUGACAUAGAACUUUACGGAACAAAAUACCUCAGUGGUUAUGUUUGCAUUGUGUGAGUGAGACUCAAUUUUCUUAAGUAAUUUAUGAUUUUUUUAACUUUAGUUUGUUUUAUAUAUAUAUAUAUAUAUAAAUAUAUAUAUAAAUAUAUUCUGUAUGUAUACUUUUUUUUUUUAGAUCGAUUCCUAAACUUCAGAGUAUUUUGGUUGUGCUGUACUUUUGUAUUUGCAUAAUGUAUUUUAUUGCCUUUUUAUAUAGACUUGUUUAUUUUAUGCUUAGCCACGAAAGAUUCUCUAUUUUCAUUCAUUUUUAAAUAUGCAGAAAUGCUUUGUGCAUUUAACUGUUGGGACAUUGACUUGUGUAACUGACCAAAAUGUGAAAUUAAGAAGCUGGAUUUGUCUCUGUGAUGACAGCAUUACAAGCCAAAUGUAGGGAUAAGUUAUUAAUUGACAAGAAGGGCAAUGAACUCAUGGUAUUACAGUAAGUGUUAAAUGGGAGAUCCAUCUAUUUAUGCAUUACUUUGGUUUAUAGAUUUGAUUCUUUGCUUAAUGUGUUGUAAUAUGAACUUGUACUGUGCUGUUUUAAUUUGAAUGUUUUAAAUUGUCAAUUGUGUGGCACUGCCACAUAAUUUUGGAAAAAUCAGAGAUAAGAUUGCUUUGCAAAUUCUGUUGUGAGUGAUCCCAGAACAUUUGCACACAAAUGCGUGAUUUUCACGCAGCCAUGUAGUCCAUUAAAGUCCUGAGCAUUUUUUUUUGUCCUGAGCAAACACUCUUUUCAGAGAUGCUAAACCUUCAAUUAAGUGACGCCGUGACUUUCUUUCAAAAUGAAGAUUUGAUUCCCUAGAAAUGUAAUGCUUGACAAAUAUAUAAAUAUAUAUGUAUGAAGAUUAUGUUUUGAAUCAUAUCAAGUCGGUGAAACACAUUGUGUUACGUUACUUUCUGUUGAAAUAAACUAUGGAUUUUAGUUAAUGAUCGUUUUUUAAAUAAAGGAGUAAAGUUGAACGUUUAUUUACUCAAUAUUACGUGACUAAGACAG